AUGAUAUUUGGGACAUGGGAGUUUGCUGAUGAAUAUUUAAGGAAAUAUGGGAAGCAGGAAGGGUUUGGUGUUGUUAGGGCAGCUGGUUCUCAUAAGAAAGGUGAAGGUAAAAAGUUGAAAAGGGUUGGAGGAAUUAUACAUGGAAAUGCGAAUGUUAUGGAGAUUCAUAGUAGCUUAGCGCGGGAUAGGAAUGGGUUGGACAAUAUGGCUAUAACAGAAAGGGAUCUUAGGAAUAUCAUUGCGAAGGAGAGGAAAUUGAAGCUUGGGCCUGGUGAUGCGAAUGCAAUGAUGAAGUAUUUUAACAAGAUGGCGGAGGACAACCAAAAGUUCUUUCACAGUCAUCGAUUAGACGAAGAAGGGUACUUGAAGGAUGUGUUAUGGGUUGAUGCUAGGUCUCGAGUGGCUUACGAGGAAUUUUGUGAUGUGGUUGCUUUUGAUGCGACAUAUUUGACUAAUGACUAUGAACUAUCGUUCGCAAACUUUGUCGGAGUGAACCACCAUGGACAGACCAUAUUGCUUGGAUGUGCGUUAGUUUCGCACGAGGAUGCGGAGACAUAUGAAUGGGUAUUUAGCACUUGGGUGUUGUGCAUGGGUGGUAGAGCACCCAUUGGUAUAUUGACUGACCAAGACGCGACGAUGAGAAAGGCACUCCACAAUGCUAUGCCUCAAUCUGUGCACCAAUGGUGUAUAUGGCAUAUAAUGAUGAAAUUUGGGAAGAAGCUAGGUUCGUAUGCAAAUUACAAGGAUUUGAAGGAAGCGUUGACACAUUCCAUCUAUGAAAGUACAAGCCCUGAUGUGUUUGACAGAACAUGGGUGGUUGCCAUAGAGAAGUAUGGUGUAGGUGAUGAUGAAUGGCUUGAAGAGCAGUACUGUAACGCUAUGGAAGCUAGAGCAAAUGCGGAGAAGGAAGCAGAUGCAAAUAGCGCGAGGUACCUCCGUCUUACUGUUACUACCUUCAAGACUGAACAUGUAUUUCAAAAGUUGUACACUGAUGCUAAAUUUAAAGAGAUACAAAAUGAAUGUUUGAAGGUGCUUUACCUUCAGUGGAGUGGGAAAAAAGAUAUUGGAGAUGAUGUUGUAGAACACUUGUUCGAGGAUAGGGUGUGGGUGAUGUGGAAGGAGACGAGGAAAGAGGUGCCUUUGGAGAGGACAUGUGAGUAUGUUGUUCGUAUAGACAUGGAGAGUACGGAGGCUACUUGUGAUUGCAAGAUGUUUGAGUCUGCGGGAAUAAUGUGUAGGCACAUUAUAUCGUUGUAUCUUAAGUUGAAAAUUAAGGAGAUUCCUGAGAAGUACAUAUUGAGUUGGCGGAAAGAUGUAUUUCGAAAGCACACAAUGGUAAAGGUAGCAUAUCAUGACCCCUCAAAGACAGAUGAAGUGCAGAACUAUGAUAGGAUGAUGGUAGUAUUUGACCGAAUCUGCUUGAAGGCUGCCAACUAUGGUGAUACUCACACAGUUUUGGAGACUCUCCAACUACUAAACAUACGUCUUGAUGAGCGGCAUGCUAUGAAACUUUGUGGUAUUAGUACGAAGAAUUGCACUGCGAAAUCGGUUGGUAAUAGGCAGUUGGUGCCAAAUUCGGUAGGGGUUGUUAGUUCAAACAGGUUGGACGACAAAACCCCAAGUGAAGUAGUAGGAUGUGAAAUGGAAGGGGAAGGGAGUCGUGUAGACGUACGGCAUGUUAGUUGUCUUGAUGUUGAUUUAGAUGUAGUAUCUGUGAAAGACCCCCCAAGGAAAAAAAACUAA